CUCUCUGCUGAUUCGUGUCCUGGUCUAUCGGGGGCCGUUUUCUGAAAUCGCAAAGCACAGUUUAUUGCGAAGCUGAGUGGGUGGGUCCACGCGCACACCCAGACUCCGGCCAGGACGCCGAUCCCAAAGCUCCGCGUCGCGCGCCUGGAUCGCGGUCCCGCUCCCUUCGUCCGGCCUCACCACAAAUCCCAGUUUGAAAGAAAACUUCUCGAGGCCGAAAUGAACCUCCCCUCGCCGUUGCAAUUCUUCCUUCCGAGCCGGCAGAAAACCCCGACAUUGUCACCUCCUCUUUGAGGGGUUAGAAGAAGCUGAGAUCUCCCGACAGAGCUGGAAAUGGUGAUGAAUCUUUUUUAAUCAAAGGACAAUUUCUUUUCACUGCACUUUGACUAUGGAAACAGAGGCUAUUGAUGGCUAUAUAACGUGUGACAAUGAGCUUUCACCUGAAAGGGAGCACUCCAGUAUGGCAAUUGACCUCACCUCAAGCACACCCAAUGGACAGCAUGCCUCACCAAGUCACAUGACAAGCACAAAUUCAGUAAAGCUAGAAAUGCAGAGUGAUGAAGAGUGUGACAGGAAACCCCUGAGCCGCGAAGACGAGAUCAGGGGCCAUGAUGAGGGUAGCGGCCUAGAAGAACCCCUAAUUGAAAGCAGCGAGGUGGCAGACAACAGGAAAGUCCAGGAGCUUCAAGGCGAGGGAGGAAUCCGGCUUCCGAAUGGUAAACUGAAAUGUGACGUCUGUGGCAUGGUUUGCAUUGGGCCCAAUGUGCUUAUGGUACAUAAAAGGAGUCACACUGGUGAACGUCCCUUCCACUGUAACCAGUGUGGAGCUUCUUUUACUCAGAAGGGCAACCUUUUGAGACACAUAAAGUUACACUCUGGAGAGAAGCCGUUCAAAUGUCCUUUCUGUAGCUAUGCCUGUAGAAGGAGGGACGCCCUCACAGGACACCUCAGGACCCACUCUGUGGGUAAACCUCACAAGUGCAACUACUGUGGACGAAGCUACAAGCAGCGCAGUUCACUGGAGGAGCACAAGGAACGCUGCCACAACUAUCUCCAGAAUGUCAGCAUGGAGGCUGCCGGGCAGGUCAUGAGUCACCAUGUACCUCCUAUGGAAGAUUGUAAGGAACAAGAGCCUAUUAUGGACAACAAUAUUUCUCUGGUGCCUUUUGAGAGACCUGCUGUCAUAGAGAAGCUCACAGGGAAUAUGGGAAAACGUAAAAGCUCCACUCCACAAAAGUUUGUGGGGGAAAAGCUCAUGCGAUUCAGCUACCCAGACAUUCACUUUGAUAUGAACUUAACAUAUGAGAAGGAGGCUGAGCUGAUGCAGUCUCAUAUGAUGGACCAAGCCAUCAACAAUGCAAUCACCUACCUUGGAGCUGAGGCCCUUCACCCUCUGAUGCAGCACCCACCAAGCACAAUCGCUGAGGUGGCCCCAGUUAUAAGCUCAGCUUAUUCUCAGGUCUAUCAUCCAAAUAGGAUAGAAAGACCCAUUAGCAGGGAAACCUCCGAUAGUCAUGAAAACAACAUGGAUGGCCCUAUCUCUCUCAUCAGACCAAAGAGUCGACCCCAGGAAAGAGAGGCCUCUCCCAGCAAUAGCUGCCUAGAUUCUACUGACUCAGAAAGCAGCCAUGAUGACCACCAGUCCUACCAAGGAAACCUAGCCUUAAAUCCCAAGAGGAAACAAAGCCCAGCUUACAUGAAGGAGGAUGUCAAGGCUUUGGAUACCACCAAGGCUCCUAAGGGCUCGCUGAAGGACAUCUACAAGGUCUUUAAUGGAGAAGGAGAACAGAUUAGGGCCUUCAAGUGUGAGCACUGUCGAGUCCUUUUCCUAGACCAUGUCAUGUACACCAUUCACAUGGGUUGCCAUGGCUACCGGGACCCACUGGAAUGCAACAUCUGUGGCUACAGAAGCCAGGACCGUUAUGAGUUUUCAUCACACAUUGUUCGAGGGGAGCACACAUUCCACUAGGCCUUUUCAUUCCAAAGGGGACCCCUAUGAAGUAAUGAACUGCACAUGAAGAAAUACUGCACUUACAAUCCCACCUUCUUCAGAUGUUGACAUACCUUUUUUUUUUUAAUAUUAUUACUGUCAUUAAUUCUUAUUUUGUGGACGCAGUGUCAUUUGCUCUGCCUAAUUACAAUAAGGAAGAAACAGAAGAGAGAAGGGAUGGGAUAUUGUUUCUUGACAACUUGGCUUGUUUAUUUUAUGGGAAUUGAAGAGCAGUUCAUUUCUGCCAUGCAUAGAUGUUAAGGUAUAUCAUGCUUUGAGAAAAACAUAAUCACUUGAUUUGUAAAGAUUCACCUAAGGAUUCUAAUUUGCCACUGAUGUUCAGGAUUAUGAUUGAAGGCAGGAAAGAUUAGCGUUUUCUGGGUAGGACUUUCACAGUUUAAAAUGGGAUAAGUAAUUUUACUGUUCAAAGAAGAAUUUGUUUCAAAAUGUAAACUGUUUCUUUUUCCCUCUAGAGAUCAUGGAACACAAACACAUUAUUUUCAGUGAUAACUCCUUGGAAGACUUGUUGUUGUGGGUUCUAUGUUUACCUCCCCAUAAAUUCCAUAGAAUUUAUAAUAUGGUAUGUUGUACACUGUACCAUAUAGCAAAACUUUUAAACUACAGGUAGUUAAGGACAGCUACAAAUACAUCUGAGGUCCUAGGAUCUUAUUUUUCUAAACUUAAGCACUGUUUUUCCAUAGUUUUGAUGACUGGCAUUUUAUAGACACCCUGGCAGCCUUACUUUUAACACCUUUAAUGAAUAGUAUUUUUAUCUAGUUUUCAGAAUAACAUAUGGUCUAAGAGUGGCUAAGAGGCAGUCAAUAGUUUCCAGAAGGGACCUCUGCUUUUCUUAAAUUUGUUUGGGAAGUUUUCUUUUAAAGUUGUAAUGGGAUGGCAGCAUAGUAUAUGUAUCUUUUUCUAAAAGUAUGCUUACGAUUGUCACUUUAUCAGCAUUUAAUCAGUGUUAACCAGUCAGCAGAAAAAUAUAAUUAGGCUAACAGUAGGGGGAAAAAAAAGUCCACUCAGAAAUGCCUUUUCUGGUAUUUCUCUUUUCACUGGUUUUUCUCAAGCUGUGACCACCCAGUGUUUUGUCCAUAGUCUGUUCAUCUUUUACUCUUCUAGUGGAAGGUCUAUAAAAAUCUUGCCAUAGGCUAUUUCUUUCAAAAUCUCCUCAGAGCAAUUGCUAAUUUGACCUGAAUGUGGUAACUUGAACCCCAUAAGAUUAUGGAACUAGGGCUAUUUAUUCUAGUAUUUCUUCAAUAAUAAUAUUUACCACUUUUUGGUACAAGGAAAAGGGAACGUCUUUGUAACCGGUACAUUAACUAGAGAUAAGACAGAAAAACAAAACUUAUUUUUACCUUUUUCUUGGAGUCCAGAAUGUGACUGAACCUCCAAGCUUGUGUCCACAUCCACAUUUUUCUGUCUCAAAAACAUGCAACUAUUUAUAAGUUCUUGUCAGAAAUGAAUCUCAAUCCCUUACUGCAGAAUUUUUCUUCUUUUAAUUCAUACAUACGUUGCCAUAUUUCAUGUACAGAUUUUAAUUUCUUUUAUAUGGGUGCGCCUCUGCUUUUUCUUUGCAGUCUUAACAGCACUAGAGGGGAGGAACUGAAUGAAACUGAUUAAAUUCAUCUUGGGGGGCACCCUUGGAGGGGGAACUUACUGCCUGUGUUUAGGGAGGACAGGCCUGACCAUGACUGGAUUAUCUGAUAACCAUUUCUGAAUACUAAAGUUACAUUAAGCUGAUAACCGCUGUAAAAAAAAAUCAUUACAUGGGAUGCUGAAACUGUGUUUCUUAAUGAUGCAAGAAUGAUGUGAGAAUUAGCAAGACUAGAGAACUGUGGACAGAUAGGCAGAUCUGGCCCCAGUACUGUUCUUCACUCAUUUUCUAGUUUACCAUCUGCUUGCGUAAGCAGCUUCUAAGCACUGACACAGCUAGAGCUAGGCAAAAAUGGUUACAACGCAACUCUCUUUUACUAGCCCUCUGUGGUAAUUAUUUCUGAAGAAAUGUCUAAAUUGUUCCUUUAACUCUGAGAGAAGGCACCAAAACAGAAAUGCAAAAUGUUUUAAAGAGAACGUCCACUGUCACUUUUCCUGCAUGCUUUGGUACAUUACCGCAUUGUGAACAUACAGUGUAUUCAAAGGUGAAGCAUGUCUUUGAGACUUCCUCACCCACCUGCCCCAACCACUCAUAAAUAAUUGGAAUUUAAUUUUUUUUUCCUUUUAGAGGAAGGUAAAUAAUUUAAGGUUAGUGAUUUUGUGUUUUACUACAAUUUAAGGAAAUAUUUGGAUGGCAGUCAAUAUGUUCAUAACUUUGGCUAUGUGUGAGUUUCUGCUGGCAUCAUCUAUGAAUUUUUUUCCUGGUUACUAUUUUUUAUUUUCAGUGUAUGAACAAUCAUGUACCUACCUGCCCUGGGAUGAAACUGAAUUUAGGUGGACCUACAGAGUUGUAUAGUACCCCCAUGAGGACAGUACUAAUGCACUCUCCUUUUCUGAUUUCAUCUUUUUGAGAAUCUUUUUUAUUGAAAGGACUUAAUACUUUUGAGAGUGUAUUUGCUACAAGUGUGUACUUGUACUUUCUUAGCUUUAUAUAAGGAACAAAAAGAGGUAAAGAUGGCUCAGGGUGUGGCAGGGACAAAUGAGGACAAGAUCAAUUCAAAUGUGUAGUUUAGACAGAAUUUUUGUGGACACAGUGCUUCUGGGAAACCCUGGAUGGCUAUAUUUGCAUGCUUCUUCACGAAAGGAAAUAUGCAAGGUGGUAGCACCUAAAAAUAGAUAUGAGAGUCAGACACCAAAUAAAUCAAGUUUUACAUAACAGUUAUAUGCCCAGUUUAUUUAGGUGAGAUUUCCCAUUACAGAUUAUUUGAGGGGCAUGAAAAUAGGUUAGCUUCUGUAUUUUCCAGUUUGGCAAAAAUUCAUCACAUUGCUUUGCCCUAAUUUUGCCCAGAAUUUUAUCUCCAGCUCCUGUUAGAGAAAUGUGUUGCCUCUCUCUGAUAGUGGUCAAUCACUUUUAAAAAGCCAUUCUAAUCUGGCUUGUUAAAAUAGUGAAAGUGACCAGUAAGCAAAUUGGAAGAGAUUUUGAGUUGUUGAAACAUGCCAUUGAGAAUUUUCUGGAGGGACAAAAUGGGAGAACGAGAGACUAGGAUUCAGAUUUGGCUAAAAGUAGGGAUUGUCUCUCCUACAUACAUACAAGCAGCUAUAUACAUGCAUCAUAGUACACAUACACACACAUUCUUUUAAAGAAAAUUCAUGAAAAAAAGCAGAGUGAUCAGAUGUGUUUCCAGAGCCUAUAGAGAGUUAAAAUUAUAGUUAAUACCUGAGCAACUUAGUAGGUUUACUUUACCAGAUUGUACUGAGAAAUAUUAAAGUUACUAGUGUGUCUUUAGGACUAGUUGCAACUAUUCAACUUAAACCUUGAGGCUUUACUGUGUACUUACAGAACAAAUCAAAACAAAUCAAAUCAAAAAUAAAAAAAGCUUUAAGUUGAUUUGAUAUAACCUCCAAAGUGAAAGAAACACAAAUUACUUUUGAAUAGGAAGAUACAGAAAAGAAAAAUUUUCAACUUUUACUUGUUGACAAAUGGAGAAAAACAAGAAUGUUUUAGUGAGCUUGGUAUUGUUUUGAUUUAUGGUUUUUGUGUCUCAGUUGUAGACCUCACAGAACCAUGAAGUUUUAUGAUAUUUUAUAAAUGUUUGACAAAAUUUACAUCAGUGAAGGCAUUUAGAUGAAAAUGAUGUUUUACUUACUUCCCAAAUGUUAUCUUUAAAGUGAUUCCUUAUGGUGGAAAAAGAACAGAAAAGGCUGCAAAAAUACAAAUAAAAAACUAUAUGCUCCUGGUUUCAAGACAGAACUUAAGACUAUAGGAGGUACUGGAUACAUUAUUUUUUAACUUUGAAUUGUUCAUUUUACAAAAAGGGAUAAGUUACAUUUGUGGUCAUCUUUAGUUAUAUUUUAUAUAUAUUUUAGUAAGUACUAUCUGUGUGAAAAUAUUCUAAAACAGAAAAUUCCCCAAAUGCAAAAGUAAAGAAGAAUGGGGGGGGGGGCGGUGAAAUUAAAGUCUGUAUAUAUGAAAGUUAUCUUAGAAAUGUUUUUAAACCUCCAGUUUCUGCAAGAUAAUUAAAAUAUACAGUAACUGGUCUUAAGAUCCUGAAUUUAAUGUAUUAAAUACUUAUAAAAUUUAUUUAUAUUGGUGCCUUUUUAAAAUGCAUUGAGAGAGUGUUGGUUAGCCAUUGUAGCUCUACCACACUUUUAUUGUGUAUUUUUAAAAAUCACUUAAAAUUGAUUACUAUAUAAUUCUUCUUUGCGUUCCUAGGUCAAAACUGUUAGAGGAGUUUCCAGUACAGAGACUUUCAGCUUAUCUGCUUAAAGUAAAAGGAAACUUUGAAACCAGAUGUUAAUAUCUUUUUAGUUUGAUAAUAUUUCUGAAUACCAUUACAAGAUUAUGCAGGUAAAAUAUGAAGUAGAGGGAAAUUGUAGCUGUGAAUUGCAUUGUGGUAUGUGUUUUUGUUUUGUUUUUAAGGAAGAAUAAGUUCUAAUAUCAUACAAGGCUUUAUUAGUGGAAUUUUUGGUCAAUAAAAUAUAGUAUUGUUUUGGAAUUUCACCUGUAGACUAGUGUUCUGCUAGUCUUAGAACUUCUGUCUUCUAACCUGUUAAUGUUUUGUGGAAUGAUGUAGAGAAGUAGGUAAUUAAUUCUCCUUGAACAAAACAAAACUGAACAGUCAUAUCGCAUUGCUGUUCUCCAAAGCAUAAUCUCAAAUGGUUUCCUACCAUGGUUGGGUAUUACUUGCAAUGGAUGUGUUAAAAUAUGACAGCUUUUUAAAAAAUGAGCUGCUUGUUAUUCAAAGCAAAUGUCAUAUGACCAAGAAGCUGUGAUAUGCUAGUGUUUCUUUUUAUCAUAGUGUAUUGCGCUAGGCCAAAUAAUGACAUCUUGAAUAUUUUUACAUUUAUUGCAGAAACCUAAAAUUUUGGAAUUUCCAUACGGUUUUUAUGUAACAUUGUAUUUUUAGCCUUUUAGUUUUCUCUUGCUGUACUGUAAGUUUGUGGAUAUUUUUCACACACACUCUUAGAAAUAAGUUCCUAAUUCUGUUUACGGGGUUUUUCUCCGGUAACAUUGCAUUUGUAUAUUUUCUGUAUAAAUUUGUUGUGAAUUAACCUUUAUCCCAUACAGAGAGUGGUACAUGAAUGACUAGUUUUCUAAGAUGUCCUUUUUAUUGUGAAUAAAAUAUAAAAUUUAGAGGCCCUCUGCUAAGCCACAUAAAGUACAGCAUAAAACUUCAUAUAGGUACAGAUAAGCCAGUUUGCAGUUAAUCGGGCCCUUCAAAUUACCUCAAGUGACACACAGUAAGAAAAGCUUCUUGAACGGGUGGAGGUCACUGAAUCCCCAACUAUGCACUUAUCAGGAUUCUACUUAAUUUACUGGAAAUGGAUUUUUUUUAAAAAUGAAUACACUGUAACAAGGGAAGGACUCUGGGUUUUGUUUUUUGUUGUUUUAUUCUUCUGUGUUUGUUUUUUUUAAGUAGUUCAAUUUCUGAAACUGUGAUAAAACAUUUUGACUGUCAAGCACGCUCAGAUUUUAACAUAAAUCACUUCCCCUUCUGUGUAGUGAAGUUCUUUGUGAUCUCUUAAAUUUUGCCUACUCUCUCCACCUCUUUUCUUUUCUUUGUCCACGUUCCCUCCAUCAUUGUCUCUGGACAUCUCUGCCUCUCUCUCCCCCUACUAGUUUGAGGAUUAGGUCAACUCUUACUUCCAAUUCAUAGGUCUCUUAAGUCUUAAUUUUUUGUGUAUGAUUUUUGUUGGCUGUAUAAUCCGCUGACAUAUUUUUAUACUCAAGUGUAGUUUUAUAAUUUUUUAAAAAAGGUA